AUGGUUUAUAAAAGGUUGAUUUCUAGAGCAUACAAUACCAUACAAAUUGCAUUUGGUGGCAGGAAUUUAAUUUACACAAAUGUUUUAUUAUCAAUGACUAUAUCUACUGUAGGCGAUGUCUUGGAACAAAGUUAUGAAAUAUUUAAGAAAGACUUGCAAACUUAUGAUUUUAGGAGAACCUCUCAAAUGGCUUUGUCUGGAUCUACUAGUGGUAUUAUUUGCCAUCAUUGGUACAAUUUCCUAGAUAAAAUAAUUAUUGGCCGAUCAAUACAUAAUGUCAUUAAAAAACUUCUGUUAGAUCAGUUUAUAUGUUCACCUUUAAUAAUUGUGUCUUUUUUUGCAACUGUUGCAAUUUUUGAGAAGAAUCCUUUAGAAAAUUUCACAGGGGAAGUUCAAGAAAAAUUUUGGUCUUUGUAUAAAGCAGAAUGGGUGAUAUGGCCGCCUGCUCAGAUUAUAAAUUUUUAUUUCUUGCCUACAAAAUACAGAGUUUUAUAUGACAGCACAAUAUCUCUAGGAUAUGAUGUUUAUACAUCUCAUGUAAAACAUAGAAAGUCAUCUGAAAUCUAA